UGUUUGAGGAGAUGAGGAUCGACGGUACGACGAGGACUGAUGAGAACGCAAGCAGAUCAUCCUGAGAAUAGCGCUCCGGGUAAUCUGCUUGUCUGCCCCCUAGAGGAAGAUCUAGACAUUGGCCCUAGUACAGGAGGGGGAGGAGGGAUCGGAAGCGGGAGAAUCAUCAAAGGGCUGCAAAGCAAAUAUUACAAUUUAUUCUACAGAAAGAAGACGCUUAUCAGGACAGACCUUCAGCAUGUACCGCAUGAUUUUUUGUGGAACUUAGUUCCAGGGACCUGGUCGGGCAAGAACACGUAUAUUUCCUCGGCUUUCAGGGUUCCCGAUCGAUCGGUUUCGCCAGAAAAACUGCAUCAUUUGACGACUAUAACAGCAAAGAAGGCCAACCCGCUUAUAGACUACGAUGCCAGUACAAAGCAUACGUUUUGGAACAAGUCGGAAGUCAUCGAAAUAGCAAAUAGACAGGCGCGGUGAUGGCGCCAUUCAUGAAUGUUUACUUUCAUUGCAAAUCUACAAAUUAGUAAUUAUUUCGUAAAAAGUGGUAAAUAUAAUUUUUUUCGUACACAUUGAUAACAGUGAGUUAUGAUUA